GAGCGAGAGCCUGGAGUUCGGCAAGGCGGACUUCGUGCUGUUGGACGCCGUCACCCUGCCCGAGUUCAUGGGCAACCUCCGCCUGCGGUUUGAAAAAGGACGGAUCUACACAUUCAUUGGAGAAGUGGUGGUUUCUGUGAACCCUUACAAAAACUUGAGCAUUUAUGGGCGUGACAUGAUUGAACAGUACAAAGGACGGGAACUGUAUGAGAGGCCUCCUCACCUGUUUGCAAUUGCAGAUGCUGCUUACAAGGCUAUGAAGAGACGAUCAAAAGACACCUGCAUUGUAAUAUCAGGUGAGAGUGGAGCUGGAAAAACAGAGGCUAGUAAAUACAUUAUGCAGUACAUAGCAGCCAUCACUAAUCCCAGUCAGAGGGCUGAGGUGGAGAGAGUGAAGAACAUGUUGUUGAAGUCCAACUGUGUGUUGGAAGCCUUUGGCAAUGCCAAAACCAACCGUAAUGACAACUCCAGCAGAUUUGGAAAAUACAUGGAUAUCAACUUUGAUUUCAAAGGAGACCCUAUAGGUGGGCAUAUCAGUAAUUACUUACUAGAAAAGUCACGGGUGAUUGUGCAGCAGCCAGGAGAACGAAGCUUUCAUUCUUUUUACCAGCUUCUCCAAGGUGGUUCUGAUCAGAUAUUGCGUUCGUUACACCUUCAGAAAGAUCUCUCUUCAUACAACUAUAUCCGUGCUGGAGCUCAGCUAAAGUGUUCCAUCAAUGACAGUGCAGACUUCAAAGCAGUAUCUGACGCCAUGAAAGUAAUAGGCUUCAAACAAGAGGAAAUUCAGACUGUGUACAAAAUUCUGGCUGUUAUCCUUCACUUGGGAAAUUUGAAAUUUUCAGUGGAUGGUGAUACACCUGUGAUUGAAAACAGUAAGGUUGUGUCAGUCAUUGCAGACCUGUUGUCAACAAAAUCUGACAUGGUGGAGAAGGCCCUGCUUUUUCGGACUGUAGCUACAGGGCGGGAUGUCAUUGACAAGCAGCACACUGAGCAAGAAGCUUCAUAUGGCAGGGAUGCUUUUGCGAAGGCUAUAUAUGAGCGCCUUUUCUGUUGGAUUGUGACGCACAUCAAUGAUAUAAUUGAAGUGAAGAACUAUGACACCACGAUACAUGGGAAAAACACAGUCAUUGGAGUCUUGGAUAUCUAUGGCUUUGAGAUAUUUGACAACAAUAGUUUUGAACAGUUCUGCAUUAAUUACUGCAAUGAAAAGCUGCAGCAGCUGUUUAUUCAGUUGGUUCUGAAACAGGAACAGGAGGAAUACCAGCGAGAGGGGAUACCAUGGAAGCAUAUUGAUUACUUUAACAACCAAAUCAUUGUGGACCUGGUGGAGCAGCAGCACAAGGGGAUCAUUGCCAUUCUGGAUGAUGCCUGCAUGAAUGUUGGAAAAGUUACGGAUGAGAUGUUCCUUGAGGCUCUUAAUAAGAAACUAGGGAAACAUGCUCAUUUCUCCAGCAGAAAGCUUUGUGCGACAGACAAAAUCCUGGAGUUCGAUAGAGACUUUCGGAUUAAGCACUACGCUGGAGAUGUUAUUUACUCAGUCACUGGAUUUAUUGACAAAAACAAGGACACUUUAUUCCAAGACUUCAAACGCCUAAUGUAUAACAGUUCCAAUCCUGUGUUGAAGAUGAUGUGGCCUGAAGGUAAACUGAGCAUCACAGAGGUAACCAAACGACCCUUGACUGCUGCUACCCUUUUUAAGAACUCCAUGAUUGCACUAGUAGACAACCUGGCAUCUAAGGAGCCAUAUUAUGUUCGUUGCAUUAAGCCCAAUGAUAAGAAGUCACCACAGCUGUUUGAUGAAGAACGCUGCAGACACCAGGUGGAGUACCUUGGACUUUUGGAGAAUGUGAGAGUCCGCCGGGCAGGAUUUGCUUAUCGCCAAACAUAUGAGAAGUUUCUUCACAGGUACAAGAUGAUCUCAGAAUUUACUUGGCCAAACCAUGACCUCUCUUCUGACAAAGAAGCUGUGAAGAAACUAAUAGAGUGCUGUGGGUUUCAGCAUGAUGUAGCCUAUGGAAAAACCAAGAUUUUUAUCCGCACACCUCGAACUCUAUUCACCCUGGAGGAACUGCAUGCCAAGAUGCUUGUGAGGAUUGUUCUCUUCCUACAAAAGGUUUGGAGGGGCACACUAGCCCGCCUUCACUAUAAGAGGACACGGGCUGCCCUCACAAUCAUCAAGUACUACCGGCGCUACAAAGUGAAGUCCUACAUCCACGAGGUGACCCGGCGCUUUCACAACGUGAGAUCAAUGAAGGAUUAUGGCAAACAUGUGAAGUGGCCAACCCCUCCUAAAGUGCUGCUUCGAUUUGAAGAGGCGCUGCAGGCAAUCUACCACAGGUGGAGAGCAAAUGAGCUAAUCAAGAGCAUCCCACAAAAAGACUUGCCUCAGCUCAGGGCUAAAGUUGCUGCCGUUGAACUGCUGAAGGGUCACAGAGCCGAUAUCGGGCUACAAAGAGCAUGGGAGGGUAACUACCUUGCAUCGAAACCUGAUAACCCACAGACCACAGGCUCUUUCAUCACUGUUGCCAAUGAGCUGAAAAGGAAGGACAAGUACAUGAACGUGCUCUUCUCAUGUCACGUCCGUAAGGUAAAUCGGUUUAACAAGGUUGAGGACAGAGCAAUUUUUAUCACUGAUCGACACCUUUAUAAGAUGGACCCCAUAAAACAGUACAAGGUGAUGAAGACCAUCCCACUCUACAAUUUGAUAGGAUUGAGUGUCUCCAAUGGAAAGGACCAGCUUGUGGUGUUCCACACAAAAGACAACAAAGACCUCAUUGUCUGCCUCUUCAGCCAACAGCCGACUAAUGAAAGCCGUAUUGGAGAGCUGGUUGGAGUCCUAGCAAACCACUUCAAGGGUGAGAAACGCAGUCUGCAAGUCAAUGUUACCAACCCGGUCCAGUGUAGCCUGCACGGUAGGAAAUGCACCGUCUCCGUGGAAACCAAGAUCAACCAAUCACAGCCAGACUUCACCAAGAAUCGUUCAGGUUUCAUCCUCUGUGUGCCAGGGAUUUUGCAUCCCCUCCACUAAAGCAGAGAGCGUUUGAGAGAGCAGAGGAAAGGAAAGGAGACAGACCAGAUUUAAAUUGCCCUCUGUAUGACUUGAACUUUUCAAGGAAAUUAACUGGGAGAUACUCAGCUGUGAUUUGCAGCUGUGCACCUGAACAGAUCCCUAAAGCUAGUAUUAUACCUAGCCCAAAUUCAGGAGAGGUUUCUCUUUACCAUAUCUGACCAGGGCUGAAAAUAGCCAUGCAGGUGCAUCCAGCUUAGAAAAUAGACUUGGACACCGGCAAACUGCUUCUGAGCUGCUGUUAGAAGAAAGCAUUCAUCAGGAGUUGUUUCUCCCCUUUGCUUCCCCUCCCAAUCCCACUGUCCUGACCCUCUCCUGUGUUCUCUAUCUCUGCAUCUCCAUUCUGCAAUAUCACGUAGCCUCCAUUGGAGGAACCAAAGAUGGGGGCUCAGGGAGGAAGCCCUGCUGUAAUAGUUUAAAUCUGAAAGACCAAAUUGUCAUAAGAGGGGAGACAUGGUUGGUGAAAGAAGGGCUGGGUUUCCUAAAGGAAGGCACAGACCCCUGAUUCCUCCCACCCUCUCCCUCCCAGGCUCAUGUGAUUCCAAGGGUACAUGUAAAUGCAUCUCUAAACAAAAUAAAUUUGCUGCUUUCCUAGUCCAUUAGCCUGUGAGGAGAGGGUUUGGUGGGAGAAAAUUACCCCAGCAGUGUAAGGGGGGGUGGGGGGUGAAAUUCACGACGCAGAGAGUUUUAAGCAGCAUUGGCUAUAAAGAGCAUAGCUGUUGCCUUCCCUGGUCAGUUGAUAUGACCUGGGAUCCCAGGGGGUCCCAGUCUGAUCCAGUGCCUCCCCCAGAAUUCUGACCUGAUCCAUGCGGGUGACCAUAGUCCCAGCAACAUGGUUCAAUGAGGCUUGAGGAGGAUGCUGGCCAGGAUCUCUGCACAGGUGGGGUAAGGAGGGGGUUCCUUCCCAGGCCUGUGCAAAGGCCACCUGCUGUAUCCAGCUGGAGAUGGGAGUUGGGGGGCUGUUGGGUCUGAGGAUACAGCAGCCUUGGGCUCCCCAGCUUUGCACUAUGUAGUCACUAACUCUGGGCAAUUCUGUCCAAGCAUAGAAAGAAGGAAAUGGGCGAUAGCACACGCCUGUUUUAAAUGCACAGACUGUUCUGCUUGCAGACCUUUCUCUGGGUCUUCCUUGACAUGCACAUAUUGGAUGUUAUUGGCACAAGACCUGGGAGGCCACUCUGUAUCUCUGUGGCCUUUCUGUUAGCAUCAAGUUUAGUUGACAAUGCAUAGUCUGCAUCCAUCUGGCCCACGUAACCUUGUAAUUGGUACUCUGUGCGGGUUGUCGGGUGCUGGUUUUAAUAAGAUGCACUCUAAACCACCUCUCCCAUUUCCUCUGUGCCGGAAUUAUUAACAAGAGCUUUUGAUGUUGUGUCAGCAGAUUUUAUAUCAGGCUGCUUCUGUGGUAUUUUAAUGGGGGAGGCAAUAUGUCGUCAUGGGGCUAUGAAGAUUUAUAUGCUAAAUUCUGGCACUGCUGGUCAGGUCAGGAUUUCCAGUCCUUUGCUACGCAAGCCCUGCCUGUUCACCUGUACCAAUGAGCCUGUCUCAGGGACUUUGAGUCCCCAGCCUCAGUGUUGGUCUACAACAGGAUGCAUUUUCUAGUUUAGAUCUGUUCGUUUUAGCAGCCAAAAAGUGCCCUAAAGAGGCAUUUCUCCUCCUGUUCAAGGGCAUCCUGACAAACCAGCUCCACAGUGAGUACAGGGCCUCACAAAACCAAUCCCUAGACAAAGGGGGAGGGAGGGGGAGGUGGUCAUAACAGUAUUCAUGUCCAGUUGCUGCCAGGGAGAUUCUUUAAGUUAAUUAGUAUCUUGAGUAGAGAAGCUACAGAGCUGCAUUUAAUUGGGACAAGCUUAAUCUCCCCUGACUUGUUUGCCAGGGAGUCCCUGUGGCAAAGCCCUUCCUGUGCAGUGGGCUGCUCUGUUUUUCCCCUGCUGCACAUUACACAAGUUCCGCGCUUGGCUUCUAGCCAGGACCUACCACGUGCCUUGAGAGCAGCCUGUUGUGCAUGAGGAGCAGGGGCCAGGGAGGGAGCUCCCAGUGCCCACAUCCCAGCAUGGCACCCACUCGCUCGCUCUCCUGUUUAUGCUGGCAACAAAGAGGAAUCCUGCCCUCCAGGACUGUGUGGCCUUUUCCAGUCUUCCCUGGCCCUUGGGGAACAGGUCGUAAUGGAUGUCAGCCAAUGCCAGUGAGAGCCCUCUGUGACUGCUUUACCAGCACUACACACCACUGGAACAGCAAGGAGAGUGGAAGCAACUACCCAGCCAAGCAAUAGCUCCUGCACGUGCCAAGUGUACACAUACAGAUAGGGCACCAGCAAAGGGUCCUUUACCUCUUGUUCCACUUCCUCCCCAGC